AAAGUUAACUUAGAGCUCUCUGCUGCCAAGAAAUGUGGUCUGUGGCUCAAAAGGUUUGCCACAUUUUAGAUAAACUGCAAAUAUUUUAUGCUUGUCUUCUUAUAUCACCCACAUCCUUCCUCGGCUGCGGAGCCCCGUUCAGCUGCCUUCGCCUUAAGGCAGAGCAGCAAAUGAAUUAUUAAGCAAAGAGGUGGAACCAAACAGCUAGUAUUGAAAGGCACUUAGUUCCUGUUGGAAGAGGAAACAAGCAACUGGAAAGAAGAGCCCUUGAAAAGAAAGGACCGAUUGUAGAGAGCUAAGACAAGAGCAGAAACAGCCUUUUGAGAACAGCCCCCAGGAGAAGAGAAAAGAGACGACUCGCACAAUGAAUAAUGAAACAAGUUAUGAAAAGAUCGCAGACAACAUGCCGAACCCCCAGAAUCUACCACCUCCUUAUUCUGUUGCAGUGCAGCCUCCGGUUCAACCAACUGCCCCCAUAGUUUUUCAACCUCCUAUGCCAAGCCACCUUUAUAAUGCCACGGCUGUCCAAGACCCGAAGGAAGAACCAAUACUUCAACCUGUUCAAGUCACCAAGGCACCUGACUACCUGGCCUACUCCAUCUUCACUAUGCUCUGCUGUUGUCUACCCUUGGGUGUGGCUGCCUUAGUUUGCUCUAUACUGACCCGAGAAGCCAACCAUGAAAGAAACAUCACCUCUGCACAACGCAACUCCAGAAUGGCACGGAUUUUGGCCCAUUCGGCACUCGGCGUGGGCAUCGUCAUCAUCAUCUUAUACGUCGUCUUUGUUUUUACUUAUCUCAAAUAAAUGAACAUUUCUCCAUCUCUAAAUGACCCAAAUAGGACAUGAUACACCCUUUUAAAAAAAUGACACCCACAGGCAAGCGAUGAAUCAUAAACUUUGGGACAUGAGAAAGAAUUCAGAAAUUUGCUAUGUUUCCUGCUCCAUUUCUGUCUGCUCAAUUUACCUUCCUAUAUUGAAUUUACAUAGGCUGUUCUUUUCCAGAAGGAAAUGACUCACAAUUUGGGGGAGGAGGGUACGAGUAGCCUUCUGAACCCACAGCUUCUGCCGUGCUUAGAAAAGCCUUUGCACAGAUUUGCCUUGCGCACCAAUUGAACGCAUGCCAAGAUCGAGAGGCUGUUCUCGCGAUAAUUCGAGCUUUAGUCCUCUCCUGUGAAGUUCAAUCCAUGGAGCUGCCUUUUUAAACAACAUUCAGAAGCUGCAACUGAACCCAAAAUGCUGCAGCACAGGCAGUUUGGGGCAUUUCAUGAUAUUCUCAUGUUCUGUGAGCUGCGCUGGUUUCCAGAGGCUUCUCUGGAUGCAAUCCAAGAUGCUGGUUAUCGCCUAGAAAGGUCUACGUUGAGCCAAGAUAGUGGCAGGGUAGCAGUUAGCACUUAGACUUACCUACCGCUUCAUGCUGCUUUAAAGCACUUCUCUGAGCGGUUUACAACGUCAGCAUAUUGCCCCCCAACAAUACGGGUCCUCAUUUUACCAAUCUCAGAAGGGUGGAAGGUUGAGUCAAUCUUGAGCUGGUCAGGAUCAAACUCCUGUCAGUAGACAACACCUGUGUCUGCUUAUUUCUGCUUGCCCUACCAGAACUAACAGGUUGGCAUGCUCCAAGUCCCUUCCAUUAGACAACAUCACCUUUGAGGCCCAGGAGUCAACCCUAUUCAAUGGCGGCACCUUCCUACGGAACAGCUUCUCCACAUCUGUUUAUUCCUCAUCCUGUUGGCCUUUCACAAGAUACUUUUCCUUUAGACUUUGGGGCUCACUUAACCCUGCUAAGAGAUUUGUUCAGGAGUGGGCUUCAAAAAUUUUAGCAAGGGGUUCUCUGCCUGGUUGCUGGGUGGUGUGGCCAUGGUGGGCAUGGCCUAGUUGGCCUCCUUCACCACAAUAAGGGGUGUGUUUUUGCCCUCCCCAGGCUCCAGAGGCUUUCUUCGAGUCUCCGGGAGGACAAAAACAGCCUCCCCAGGCUCCUGAGGCCCUCUGGAGGCUCCGGGCCCAUUUCCGGCCUACCCAAACUUCCGGUAGGCCCAUUUUUUGCCCUCCCCGAGCCUCUGUGCAUGCCCUACACUUACCUGCAUCCAAAAUGGGCAGCAUGGGGACUCCUGGGAGGGGCGGGGCAGGGUGGGCAAGGCCAGCCAGGAGUGGGAUUUGGGGGUUCUCUGGACUGCACGGAAUCUUAGUUAGAGAACCCCUGCGUACCCCUGGAUUUGUUUAAUACUGUUCUUUGGAUUAGAAGUAUAUGAUUUUUAAGCUUCACACAUUUAAGCGUCACACAUGUUAAAUGACUUAGUUUGGGAUGAUUGUUUUUAUAUAUACAGUAUAUUGUUUUGCUGGUUUUGGCUUUUAGCCUCCUGUUGAUUGCUAGAAUCAUUGCUGUGAGAUGGGCUACUAUAUAUAAAUUGAUUAAAUAAACAGAAUUAUUGUGUUUUGUGGCUUUCCCCUUCUGUGGUUUUGUUGGACUUAGGGUCCCUCUUAAGUUCAGUGCAGGCCUCAUAUAUUUUACAUACUUUGCAUAUUUGUAAUAAAUACAUAUGAAUGUUUUCUAUACAAUAAUAACUUGUACAGUUCAUUCACCUCUAUGUUCCUCCCCUCAAACCGUUCAAUUAUAUUGGCUGUAGUUGUCCCAUGCGCACCAGGCUAUCCAGCGUAUUUUUACGGUAUGUCCAACAAAACACAGAAUAAAACAAUGGCUCAAGGAACUUGAGAAUAAUGGAGCAUUGCUGCCUCUGAGCAUAUUUUCAGUUUAGGAAUUUAGGAAUAAGUAAGUACCAGAAUUAAGACUUAAGAGUUUUUGCACUCAAAAAUCAACUUGUUUCUCUUCCAGAAUUUUUCAUUCUCAGCAAAAUAGCUUUCCUUUGCAAAGUUAUCUUGGAAUGGGUUUCAUGGAAUAUAUUAAGCUUUCUAUUUAGUAAAUAUAUAUUUGCUGGGGGGGAAGGGAUGUACCUUUCAAAAAAUACUAUUUUUUCUUCAAUAAACGUAAACUGUUCUUCCAUAAA